AAGAGGUAUACCAAACCGUAUGCACUGGGAAUACCAAUAUAAAGGGGGAUUUCUUGUAACGAAAUCAGCCGCACGACAUGUCGAAUGGAUGUAUAUCUAAUCAACUGCAGAACUGACAACAUAAUGAUGGUGACCGAGAGGAUCGAGGAUCGGGACUCGUUAAAGACGCCCAUCCUAGCCAUGCCGCUGGACAUCUACGACGAAUUUCAAGCCCUGAAAAACGCCACGCACCUCGACAGUACAACCCUGAUGAGGAAACUCCUGCAAGAUUAUCACAGGAAUCCUGCUCCAGAACACCAGGGUAGUACCAGCAGUGGUGGUGGAGUUGGUGUGAAGAAAGAGCAGCAUGAGCUGAAAGAAAAUGAUUCGUCUCUGUUUCACUUCACCAUGACGACAAGGUCAACGUCUCCAGAACAAGGGUCAUCACCAGGAGCAACAAGACCGUCCUCUCCUCCACCUGCAGCUCAAACACUUCCACCGCGUCAUAUCAGGCAGACGAUUCCAUCUACAGCCAAUCCAGCUGUCAGGUCGUCGUCUGUUUCUCCUUCAAUGUCGUCACCCGUAGCGAUGACCCCUAUUUUCAGAUCAUCCUCGGCAUCACCGCUGAUUCCUUCAAAUAAGACAGCACUGUUUCAGAUGUCACCCACUGAAAUCCCAGACUCUAGCAGUCGUGAACAACCGCUGGAUUUAACAGUGUUGUGUAAAAGCGAGAGUGUGGAUAAAGGGACAGAAAAAGCUAACAACACAUCUGCAUCCACUGAUACGCCUUUAGAAAUUCUUCAUACUCCAGUCAGUGGAAAUGGUUCGAGUAUUGGAACAUCAGACAUGACUACCUUUGGCUUCUCUGCGAAUGAAAAUACGCUGAUCAUGGCCUCUGGGAUGCCAAGUCGCUACCACGUGGUGAUGACGCCUGGACUCGGUAGCGAGUACAGUCUGCUGAUGCCUAUGCCCAUGUCCAUGCAGCUGCCGACAAUCCUGGCAAGUAAUCAACAACCAAACGCUGUCAGGAUCGAAACAGCUUCUACCAACACUACCGUUAACUCUGGAGGGAUCCCAGGAAGUGGUGAGCGUGUUGCUUUUCCACAGUUCCAGGCAGCAGCGGCAUUACCAUUUGGGGUGGCAGUGUCACAGUCACAACAGAAUUUGAAUCUCUUCCAAGCACCUGUAGCUUCUCAAGCAGGCAGAUCCCAGCCACAGCUGUCGUCAUCUCCAGUUGCUCUACAUCCACAGAUGAUGCAACAGCUGUCCAUACCUCAGAUGAGGGAACAACACCAUACUCUGACUCCACUAGCUGUUUCACAACAAGUACCUCAACUCUCCUUCAAACCACAACAAAUUUCUCAAGAGUCUUCUACACCCAAAACUGUGAUGCAGCAACACUUGCAGCAGCAGUCAGUAGUCCAGCCAGUGAGUCAGUCAUUACAGUUUCAGUCUGCAGCACAUAGUAGACACACGCCAAACCAGCCACCACAGGCACCUCAGCCACCACAACCACCACAACCAGCACGUCGAGGACGAAAACCAGGGUCUAGAGGUGGUAAGGCUGCCAAGCCUGCAGCUGGUAUGGGCGAGAUGAAGAUCAUCCAAGAAAACAUAACCUUUCCUGGCGUUUACACCAGCAUCCUCAAGCUUCCUUGGAGUAGAAGGGCUCGAUACAAGACGCAUACCGAUAAAGAAUCACGCACCACCCCUGCGACAAAGGCUUCCAGCGUAUUGUUCCCAAUGGAAUCGGUAAUUACAGCAUCUUCUAAACCAACCUCCACUGCUGCUACUGCUGCUGACACUCAUCCCGAUCCAUCAACGACGCAGUCUGUAAUGAUGGUCUACCCUAAUGCAACUAUUUCUGCAUUAGGUAAACCCGUCCGUCGCAGGGGUCGACCGCCAAAGCUUCCUCUGAUAUCACACCUUCUGGCUGAAAAGAACUCAAGGACUCCAGUUUCUGUCACCCAGGUUACAACAAGUAUCGCCAACCAAGAGGCAGCCAGUAUGUUAGCAGACGGUUCAUUGAUGUCUUUCCUAAGUAAAGAAAGUAUCGGGGCUUCAGUUCUGCAUGAUGUGAAAGUAACUGCAAGUAAUACACAUGCGAUGGACAAUCACAUCUCUAUGGAUAUUGGUCAUCACGGUGGGCACCAAAGCUGUGAUAAAACGGACACCUAUUCUGCAGAAAGUGGUCACACCACUCCACAAACUGCUGAUGAGAAGGCUAAAGCCGAUUCCAUGUACCAGGAAAUGAUACUGUCUUCUAGAGAACUCAUUAGCGUUAAACCACGGAAGCGGCAGUUGAAUGACUACAUGAAGUCAGAAGAUCACUUCCUUUGUUCUUCGUUCAAGCUGAAACCACGAAAAACAAAACCAUCUCGUACUGCGGCUGUCGAGUUAGCCGAGCGUAGAAAACACACCCAGACUGACAAAACGGCAGAAUCGUAUCUGGUUGGGAAGACGCUGGCGAUGCUUGCAGCAAAACUGAAUCCUCAAACGAUGUCAGGUGGUCCUCCAGAUGAACUAGAAACUGUGUCUAAUCACUCGACGUCUAAUGCUGAAUCUUAUCAUUGUGAACAGAGCCAAGACGUUAAUAGCCCGAAAUCUGCUGGUGCUUCUCUGUGCAAUCCUGAGCAAAUGGUGGAUACAAAGCCCGAUAUUUUUACAAUCGAUUCAAAAAAGGAUAACACUGAUGCUAGUUUUCAAGAGAAAUACCUAGUCGAACAGUCUUGUAAAAGCUGUAAAUCUCAAAUCAAAAACUAUAUCAGCAAAACGGAUGCCCAGGAAAUGACACUGAAUGAUGUGCAGUGUGAAAAGUGCCUAAAAAGUCUCGACGUUGCGGAUCAAAAUGAUUCAGGUGGAUCUGAAACUGGAACUAAGAUAUCCUGUGACCUCUGUGGAAAUUAUUUCUCGACCUCCAUCCAGCUAGGCGAACACCACAGAGAGGUCCACAGCAAGGAGAUGCUGCAGGGCGAGGAGGAAUACGACUGCUCGUUCUGUGGGGAGGUGUUCUGCGACGUGGAGCAGCUGAGGACUCACGUCCUGACCCACAAGGCGGACCUGAUCCCGUGCGACAUGGGAGACUGCCCGCGGUUCUUCUCCACCCAGGAGGAACUGGCCAGGCACGUCAAGGAGCACGAGAAGAAGAGGCUCUUCACCUGCGUCUACGACGGAUGCAAGAACAGAUUCCUGAAAAACUUCCACCUGCAGGAGCACGUCAGGGUUAAGCAUUUCAACAUCAGGGCUUUUCGCUGUCCGUGGAGUGGCUGCGAGAAGCAGUUUGCGGCCGAGCGUCACCUGAAGGUGCAUCUGUUGAUUCACCGAGAGGAGAAACCUCUGGAGUGUGAGUUCUGUAACUACCGCUGCCGUCAAAGGAAUGCUCUCAACUGGCACAUGCGCAAACACCCCGAGGCGCCUUACAAAUACAGAAAAUUUGGAAUGCUGGGAGCUGGUGACGAUGUGUAGUUUGUUGUAAGUUCGCCGUGUGUGACUGUUGAUAAUUUUAAGUUAAAAUGACCUGGUGCAAGUGAUUGUUGAUAAUUUAAGUUAAAAAAGACCUGGUGCAAGUGAUUAUCAAAUAAAAUAAAAACAAAUUGGAAUGCUAGGAGCCAGUAACGAUGUAUAAAGUAGUUUGUUGAAAGUUUGCCAUCUAUAACUGUUAAUAAUUUAAGUUCCAAAAGACUUUAAGAAAGUGACUUUACAAAUACAGAACCUUUGGAAUGCUGGGAGCCAGUGACCAUGUACAGUUUGUUUAAAGUUCGUUUUGUGUGACUGUUGAUAACUUAAGCUUAAAAAACAGACGUGGUACGAGUGAAUUGUUGGGAUGCUAUGAGCCAGUGAUGAUAUACCUUUUUUGAAAUGUUCGUCAUGUGUGACUGUUGAAUAUUUAAGUCUCAAAGACUCGGUAGGCCUUCAAAUAAUGGAUGAAUAUGUGUGAUGUUCGGAGUUGGUGAUUUAAUAUAAUCUGUGAAAGCUGGUUACAAGUACUGGAUAUUUAUGAAGCUCAUUGGCAGAUCCAGGGGUCCCGUGACCUCACCCAUACCGCCCGUUUGGUGUGAUAUUUUUAAUAACUUAUGUCUUUUAAUUCAUGAUCAACAAUAUAGACUACAACACGAAAUUGCCACGUCUCUGGGCAUAUAUAAUUUUUCCGGAGAGCAUGCCCGUCCCCACCCCUGACCCCGUACAACUCUUGCCCUCUUUCGGAAGCUGCGCUCAUUGGCAUUGGCGAACUUAAUAUUGCCUUUUUAUAAGAAUUUUGUAACCCCCUCCCCAUGACAAAAUCAUGGAUCCGCCUCUGAACCUAGCGCCUAAUGGAUUUUUGUUGUUGUUAAUGUGGAAUGUCUGCACGAUUCCUCCAACUGGUCAUACUAUACCAUACUCUACUUUGCAAAACGUUAAAGUUCCUCAGGAUAUUAGGGACUAGUGACACGGUAAUGGAUAAUUUAAUUUUUGUGGAAUAGCUACGUUAAAACCACUGCUCCUAGUUAAUAUUAUUUUUCUUACCUUUCUUAUCUUGGCAAACAACACACAUUGAAUUAAGUUUAUACAACGUCUUCUCUGGACCCAUUCUUUUUCCUUUCAGGGAUUUUACAGGACUGCAAGGAUGUACAAUUUCCGUUCUAUGUUUAAUAACUUUGUGUCGAUGAGCUUGAUGUCGCAUUGACGUGGAACUAUUCUCAAUAUCGAUUUCAGUUCAGUGAACUGCAGGUUGUUUGAGAAAAGAGAGCUUAAUAUUUUGCUUGUAAAAUGAUGUGGAUUGCGAGUAUGUACAGUUUACUUGCUAAUGUGGAACAGCUUUGUGUGAAUGAGUUCGAAGGUUUUUAUUUGUGGAAAUGCUUUUUGUAAAUUUAUAUAACUCGCUGUAUUCAGAAAAAUGUGCAAUGGGAAAUGUGCAAUUCAAAUGUCGAUCAAGACGGAAAAUAUUUUAUGUUUGAUAUGAUGGAAUAAGCCAUUUCGACGACAUUUUUGUGCAAUAUUUUAACAUGUGCAAUGUCUGCUGAGUGCAAUAUACAUAUAUGGAUAUUAAAGAAAGCCAUUAACAUUUGAUGUGUUAACGUAACAUGAAUCAUCUGGGUUCAAUGAAUCUAAUGAAGAAAAAAAAAUGGUUCAGUACAUUUUUGUAAUAAAAAUUACGUAUGUG